AUGGGAGAAUUUAUUGCUACGAGACGUUCACUAUUCGGAUCACAUCAAGAUGAUCCAGAUUUCGAUUCAAGUUCUUUUCCUGGAGUUGGACAAAGACUCGGUGAUGGACAGGAGAAUCCUUGGUGGGGAAGACGAGUUGUUUUGAAUACAGAUGAUGAGGAUGAGCCGAGAAGAGUCGACAGUACAUCGAGUAGUCAAGGGGCUUCAGCUUCGGCUCUUGACUCCAGUCCCACAACGGAUCGAAGACAUUUGGAUGUACCUGUUGUCACUCAUCGAAGACACACGAGAAGCAGUGGUGAUCGAAGGAGAAGCUUUCAUACAGCUGAAGAAAUGGAGAAGAGGAGAAGCUAUUAUUUGGAUGAUCGAUCUCCGCCAUCUUAUAUGAGAAGAUCCUCAUCCGAUCGCAGAUCUGAUCUAUCCGGUGAUCAAGCGUCAAGCUCACAAGAUGAAGAGCCAAUGAUCGCUUCAACUUCUAGACCCACCAUCACAAGACGAAGAUUCUAUGUCUCUGAAUCUGAUUCAGAUGUUCGAUUGGAUGAGCUAUUGAGAGCUGCAAGAGAUGUGAGAAAUAGAUCCCCACACGGAUAUCAAGAUAGAACAAGAUCGCUCACGAGAAGAGAUUACCAUAGGCCAGAGAGAUCGAGAACGAAUUCUGAUUCAAAUUCUGAUGAUGAUUUGAGACCGGGUAGUGCUUAUAGCAGCUGUGGAUCGGUAAACGAAAUUGUUGAUCGUUUCAAGGAUUACAACAGGAGAGUGAGAAAUAUGGUAGUGAACUCGUUGGCCGAUCUCGAUGACAAUACGUUGAUCAACCAGGGCACCUCCGAGUCCCGACAACCACAACUUGGCUUUCACACUGUUCACGGACAAAAUGUCGGCUUGCAAAGCGGUGGACGAAUCGCAAGAAGAAAGGAGAGCUUCUGCAAGGGACUUGCUUUUUCAAAUCGUCCGAUAACCGUUGACGAAAAUGUGUGCAUUCGAUUGAACGAGGUGGCUUCAAAUUGGUCAGGUGUCAUGAGAUUCGGAGUGACCAACGUUGAUCCAGAAGUGUAUCGUGGUGGAACGAUUCCAAAAUUUGCUUGCCCUGAUCUCACGUGCAAGGACGGGUAUUGGGCAAAAGCUUUGCCAGAAAGAUACUCAAUUGAGGGUCAUAUCAUCAAUUUCUAUGUGACAGCUGAUGGAGAGCUUUUCUAUGGAAUCAAUGGAACACCAAAGGGUCUAUUCUUGUCAGGAAUCAAUGUAAGACUUCCACUUUGGGUGAUCGUUGAUAUUUACGGGAAUUCAGUCUCCGUUGAAUUCAUUGAUGCCAAUGAUGCAAAGCUAAGAGCUUCACGAGCAAUCACCAGCUCCGCCAAUCCGUCAUCAUCUCAACCGACAAGAACCGCUCCACCAAGGCAACAACCUGCCCAAUCUGCAGCCACUGUUUCUGAUAAUGCUUCAACGAGUGUACUAAGUGGCGUCGAUUUGGAUCUCUUGCAAUUCCACCGUGUCACUGGAAGACACGUUACAUUGAAUGGAUUGAGAACGAUGGCCACGAGAAGCGAACAAGAAUAUACACAGGGCUAUGUCUUCACCGAAAGACCCAUUCGAUUCAACGAGAAAGUGAUGAUACAGGUUGUUGCCGUUCAAAAUCUCUAUUCUGGGAGCUUGGCUUUUGGUGUGACAUGUUGUGAUCCAAAAAAUUUGGUUGGAAAAGAGUUGCCUGAUGAUUCUUCUGACCUGAUCGAAAUGCCUGAUUACUUUGUGGGAAUCAAAGAUGUGGCGUUGAAUCCCGUUGCAAACACAUUACUGCAAUUUUGGAUAAAUUCUAAUGGUGAAGUGAAAUUCCAAAAGGAUCAGAAACAGCCACGAACAAUCAUGCACGUUGAUGCGACGCUUCAACUCUACAUGUGGUUUGACGUUUAUGGACAAACACAAGUGAUCAAAUUGCUUGGCUGUUAUCCUGCAAGUCGACCUGCAAGACCAGCUCCUCCAGCUGUCGUUCCUCCAUCACCGACAACGACAGCAAUGCCCACUCGAGUGGCCCUCCCGGUUUUACCCAACAGUACGUCAAGAACGAGAAGGGGUGAAGCUGCAAGCCCACAAAGAGACAAUCCUUCUCAUUCCACCCCAUCACCUAUUCCAUUGAGAGUGGCAAUGGAGAACAUGAGACUUGGAGAUGGCUCAGCUCCAAGUUCACAAAGAAGCACUCCAGCAAUUCCGCCUCGUCGUGCUUCGUCGGCUGUCGAUGAUCUAUUGUCAUCGGAUAUUGGAUCCAGUGGAGGACCACCAGCAUUGUCUCCAGCAAAUGCUUUCACACUUAACACACCGCAAUAUCUCCCAAUCAUCACCCCUCCGACCACAUCAACCACGAAUCCAUUUACAGCUCAUUUACUAGACUCCGUGACUUCUCCAACUGCUCGAGCUCCACCCCCAUUAGCCCCUCGACCUCCAACAAUGGGCCAAAAUCGAUCGGCUCCCACACUUCCCCCAAAUCGACCACCAUUGCCCCCACCAAUCAGCACUCUUCCCUCCAUUCCUCAAGUCACCUCUCCGCCCUCAACCACACCAUCAAAAGAAUUUCCUGAUGAUUUGGAGGAAAGCGAGGAGUGCACAAUUUGUAUGAAUGCAAAGAUCAACUGUGUCAUUUAUAAGUGUGGUCACAUGUGUAUGUGCUACGAUUGUGCGGUGACACUAAAAGAUCAAAAAGGGGAAUGCCCAAUGUGCCGAAAACCGAUGGACGAUGUCAUCAAGUGCUUCAAAUCG